AUGGGAACUUGGGGACGAGGCGAUCUGUCGGGAGUGGACAUGUCGUUCUGUGGCGGUGAGAGUGAUCGAGGGGGCUUGGAGGGGCGAGAAUUCAGACUGAUUCCCUUCGAAAAUCCUGACUCUGACGAUAUCGGGUUUUUGCUGGAGCCAUUUCAGGAUGAUUUGUUUGUUUGCGAACGGGGACGGUUUGGGUGUCGGCAUGAUAGAGGAGCAAUUCGAACACCUGCUUUUCUUCACCGUCUCGCUACGAACUGCUCACCGUUAAAUCACGAACCUCACCGUUGCUGCCAGCGAACAGGCUCCAAUGCAUCUGUCGCAUCGCAUUGCACAUCACGAACUGGGUCAAAUCCCAGGCAAGUGGAACCUCCCGACAGCGGCAGCUCGCGGCAAGCUAGGGAAUGGGCCGCCCCUAAGGCACCCUCGACCUCCUCUGACCUCCCUGAGGACUGCCACUUCCGGUAA